UUAACUGGAAACCCUAGUUGGGCAUACCUGGAUUCGUAUGUUGUCGACGGAGAAACUUACGGAAAGCGGGGUUUAAUCAGAAUAUGUAACUUUUUAAAAUUUCUUGUGACCUCCUGCUCCAGUUUAAGUCUGCAGACAUUGGCUUGUAUAUCAGAAAACAAUCGCCAAAACUGUGUUAAGCGUCUACAGCUGCUAAAAUGUCGCCAAAAAUAAUUUUUUAUGCUACAAUUUGGUGCUUAACAGGUGUGUUAGCCUCCCACGCCCAACAAUGUGGCCGAGCUCCGUUGUUGGAGAACAGGAUAGUUGGAGGGUACGACGCCGCGGAGGGGGCUUGGCCGUGGCAGGUGGAUAUAACGACGCAGACAGACAUUUCUCGUCAUAUCUGCGGUGGCUCCAUCAUCACAAGGACCUGGGUCCUAUCAGCUGCUCACUGUUUCCCCAAUCCGUCAGACGUGGGAUCAUAUUUGCUCUACGCAGGCCGCUACCAGCUCAAUGGCUACAAUUUCCACGAGUCAUCGCAUCGUGUAAAGCAGGUGGUGAUUCCAAACGGUUACGUAGAGCCUCACAGUGGGAAGGAUGUGGCACUGGUGGAGCUGUCCACCCCUGUCACCUGGUCAGAUCAUGUCCGUCCGGUGUGCCUGCCCAACUCUGGCACCCUGUUCCCCGGUGGGAUGCUGUGCUACGUCACCGGCUGGGGAAACAUACGCGAUGAUGUCCCUCUGGGUGGAGUGGGGACUCUGCAGGAGGUGCAGGUGCCGAUCAUCUCUCAAGGUUCAUGUCAGGAGAUGUACCGGACGCACCCAACGGAGCCAGUGGACAUCUUGCAUGACAUGAUCUGUGCUGGAUUCCAGGAGGGUGGCAAGGACUCCUGCCAGGGGGAUUCUGGAGGGCCGCUCGUUUGCCAGAUGGUCAAUGGGACCUGGGUGCAGGCUGGGGUGGUGAGCUUUGGACUGGGUUGUGCUCACCCAAACCAGCCAGGUGUGUAUGCCAGAGUGACGAGCUACUCUGGCUUCAUCAGCGACACCAUACCAGACAUAAGCCUGUAUGGCCGAGCGGAUCAGAACUGGCCCUGGAGUGCUGCUGUGUUUUUCAGCUGUCUGUCCACUCUACUGCUUCAGCUUCAGAGAUAAGAUCAUGUAAAAGCCGGAGGUAGAUCACGCAGCAGGCCAAAAUGAAGGAGCAUAGUAAUAAUGUUUGACUUAAGUCCAAAGUUUUUCAACAGUCUAACUCAUAAAACUGUACCUGAUGUGCACAUGGAGCCAUAAUGAACACGAACAGUAGUAUAACCUUUAAUUUUAGAAAUUUAACUAUGUAUUCUGAGCUUUGAUUCAAAGUAGCUUUGAAAGGUUUGUAUUUUAAAUCAGAAUUAUAAGCUGAAUAAAUUAUGUUUUCUGUAUUUGAAAUAAAUUGUUAAUUUGA